GUUGGCAGCAGUGAGCCCAGGAAGCGGCCGCUGCAGGCGGAGGAGGCCGAGGCAGGAGCAGCUGCUCGCUGCUGUCCUCAGGCUUCGCUCCUCGGCGGAUCCAGCGCGUCUGGAUUUCAGCAGCCUCAGAGACUCCGGGGUGGGGACAACUCCGGCUGGGUCUCAGCACCGGGCCUCCCGCUCUCCGCCCGCCCCCGAGAUGCCAGGUCGCGUCCCACCCCGUGGGGCCCCGCGUGCUGUGGGUGCCUGGCUCUGGGUCUGCGCGCUGGGCGGGCUGUGCGCGCUGGGCACGGCGGGGUUCCCGGGGACGCCGCGCCCCUGCCAGGCCCCGCAGCAGUGGGAGGGACGCCAGGUCGUGUACCAGCAGAGCAGUGGGCACAACAGCCGGGCGCUGCUGUCCUAUGACGGCCCCAACCAGCGCGUGAGGGUGCUGGACGAGAGGAAGGCGCUGAUCCCCUGCAAGAGAUUAUUUGAAUAUAUUUUGCUCUAUAAGGAUGGAGUGAUGUUCCAGAUUGAACAAGCCACCAAGCAGUGCGCAAAGAUCCCCCUGACGAAAACCUGGGACCCUCUUGACAUUCCAGACAACUCCACUUUUGAAGACCAGUACUCCAUUGGGGGCCCCCAGGAGCAAAUCACUGUCCAGGAGUGGUCCAACAGGAAGUCGGCCAGAACCUAUGAAACCUGGAUUGGGGUCUAUACAGCCAAGGAUUGUUAUCCUGUCCAAGAAACCUUCAUCCACAAUUUCAGUGUAGUUCUAUCCACGCGGUUUUUUGAUGUACAACUGGGCAUUAAAGACCCCUCUGUGUUCACCCCUCCGAGCACGUGCCAGACGGCCCAGCCCGAGAGCAUGAGCGAGGAUUGUAUCUGGUGAGCAGCAGGAAUUUGGCGGGAAGAGCUUUGAGACGGCUGGGAUGCGAGGACCCCUCACGGUCCCUGAAGAUCAUUUAGAGAUGAUGAACACUGAUGAGGGUUUGUUCAUAUAUUUGACUCUGGCUACUGGGCGGUGCGCACUGAAGGAAACUGGUUGGGUUUGCUGCUACGAACAGUCAGUGCUGUGAUACAAGAAGGGGUGGGGGCUGGCAUGAGAAGUUUGUCCUGGCAGAGACGAGUGUUUUAGUACUAGUAUUGUCAAGGGUUGAUGGCAGUAGUACAAAGCAUGGCCCCAGUUUCACUGUACCAGGGUGACAGUUCCCUCUUCCUGUCCCCCUGUACCUUUGGCUGCUAACAAAAUGAUCCCUUUAAAAUUCCUCUAUACUUAUAAGCUUUAUGGUGUGACCUGAUGGAUAUUAAUAUUUUGGGAGGAAUUAAAAGGGUUUAAUAAAAACUAAUGGUUUCUUGAAAGGGGAAAGGAAAGAGGAAAAAAUAAUUGUAAGCAAAAAGUUGGGACAGUUUUAAUGCCUAUACUUGGAGAAGCCUGGGCCAUGUAUAUGCUUCCUCUGUGCAAGAGUACAAAUUAUUGUGCUGAAUUUUCAGUCAGUGGGCAGAGAAUGUUCUAAGAUAGCACAGAAGACUGUCCUCUCCCAAAUCUAGAGUUAGAAUUCCCUUGCACCUUGCACUCUAACUAUUUCAGGUAUUAAAUGCACUAGGCUUUCCUCACCAUAGCCUGCCUGGGACUCUAUUGCACAACCUACCUGUCUGUCUCACUUCUGCUCAUCUUUACCAAGUCGGCUUGCACAUAACUUUCUGUAAGAACUGCUCCUAAAAGGGGGCUGGGGAUUUAGCUCAGCGGCAUAAGCACCUGCCCUGCAAGCAGGCGGUCAUGAGUUUGAUCCCCAGUACCGGAAGAAAAGAAAAAAAAAAAAAAUAGACGCAAGAACUACUCUUAAGGCUAGAUGAGUUGCAUUUGCAUCUUGAGCAUGCUUUUCCCAUGACACUUAUUACGCUCUGGGACAAUUUCCUGCCUCCUGGACACCCUUCUCCAUUAUUCUAACUAACAGCCCCCUGAGUACGGGUAACAUACCCUGUUUUCUUUUAUAUCCCCCACACUAAGCAAGUGCCUGGUACACAGUGAAUGACCUCAACAUUUGUAGAGUGGUGAAUAUUACCCUCUCUCGUCCUCAGUUCCUCAUCAGUUAAGUGGGGUUGAAUUUGCUGAUUACUAGCAGUGCAAUUUAUUCCAGAUUCUCCCACUAUUGUGUUUAAUCCAGCCAACAAUCCUUAAAUAUCAGGAGAAAUGUACGAUACCUGUAUUAUGCUGAAAACAACCUGUGUUACUUACAGUUUAUCUAUAUUAAUAAACAAAUUUAAAAGCA